AGCCCACAGGGUGCUAGAGGGUCAGAAAGGACCCGCCUUUGCCAGCGGGGCAAAGGUUGCUCCCGAGGCCACGUGAGGCUUCGUCGCCCCUAAAAGCCCCCACCCGGCAGGACUAAUGGAAGAGUAAGGACGCCCCGACCUCGGAGACGCGGCGCCCCGCUGCCGGCUCCAGAGCCGCUCCAGCACCAGCUGCCUCGUCCCACCCGGGGCAGGUCGCGGCCGCCGAGCCAUGCCCCGCCGCAGCCGGGACCUCGCGCUGCUCACGUCGCCCGCCCCGCCGCCCCUGCUGCCGCUGCUGCUGCUGGUGGUGGCCGCCGCGGUGCCGCCGAGCCUGGCAGAAGUCUACUAUGCAACCGCGUACUGGAUACCUACUGAAAAGACAGUAGAAGUCAAAAACGUACUAGACAGGAAUGGGGACGCCUAUGGCUUUUACAAUGACUCUAUGAAAACCACAGGCUGGGGCAUCCUGGAGAUCAGAGCCGGGUAUGGUUCUCAGACCCUGAGCAAUGAGAUCACCAUGUUUGUGGCUGGCUUUUUGGAGGGUUACCUCACUGCCCCACACAUGUAUGACCACUUCAUUAACCUCUACCCACAGCUGAUUAAGAAACCUUCCAUCGUGGAUAAAGUGCAAGAUUUUAUGGAGAAGCAAGAUCAAUGGACCCGGAAAAACGUGAAAGCUUACAAGGAUGACCCAUUUUGGAGACAUACAGGCUACGUUAUAGCACAGAUGGAUGGGCUGUAUGUAGGAGCAAUAAGGAGGGCUAAGUUAGAAAGGACAAAGCCCAUGACCAUGUUCCAGAUUCAGUUCCUGAAUGCCGUUGGAGAUCUGUUGGAUCUGAUUCCCUCGGUUUCUCCCACAAAAAAUUCCAGCCUGAAGGUUUUCAAGAGAUGGGACAUGGGACAUUGCUCUGCUCUUAUUAAGGUUCUUCCUGGAUUUGAGAACGUCUAUUUUGCUCACUCAAGCUGGUACACAUACGCAGCCAUGCUCAGGAUAUAUAAACACUGGGACUUCAACAUCAAAGAUAAAGACACCAGCAGUAGUCGCCUCUCUUUCAGCAGUUACCCAGGGUUUUUGGAGUCUCUGGAUGACUUUUACAUUCUUAGCAGUGGUUUGAUAUUGCUACAGACCACAAACAGUGUGUAUAAUAAAACUCUACUAAAGCUUGUGGUACCACAGUCUCUCCUUGCAUGGCAAAGGGUCCGUGUGGCCAAUAUGAUGGCAAAUGAUGGCAGGCAGUGGGCAGAGAUCUUUUCAAACUACAACUCUGGCACCUAUAACAACCAAUACAUGGUCCUGGACUUGAAGAAGGUAAAGCCGAAGUACAGCCUUGACACAGGCACUCUGUACAUUGUGGAGCAAAUUCCUACGUAUGUAGAAUAUUCCGACCAAACCGAGAUUCUACGGAAAGGAUAUUGGCCCUCCUACAACAUUCCUUUCCAUGAAAAAAUCUACACCUGGAGUGGCUAUCCAAUGCUAGUUCAGAAGCUGGGUUUGGAGUUCUCCUAUGACAUGGCUUCACGAGCCAAAAUCUUCCGGCGUGACCAAGGGGACGUGACGGAUAUGGCAUCCAUGAAAUAUAUCAUGCGAUACAAUAAUUAUAAGGAAGAUCCUUACAGUAAGGGCGAUCCCUGCAAUACAAUCUGUUGCCGUGAAGACCUGAACUCACUUAACCCAAGUCCUGGAGGUUGCUAUGACACGAAGGUGGCAGAUAUCUACCUUGCAUCAGAGUACACAGCCUAUGCCAUUAGUGGUCCCACAGUACAAGGUGGCCUCCCUGUUUUUCAUUGGAACCGUUUCAACAAAACUCUCCACAAGGGCAUGCCAGAGACCUAUGACUUUGAUUUUAUUACCAUGAAACCGAUUUUGAAACGUGACAUAAAAUGAAGGAGGGAGUUGAGGGAAUAGAAGGGAAUAGAAGGUUGCAAAUAAGAUUCCAAAGGCACUAUUUUAGCUAUGUUUUUCCAUUCAGAAUUAGUCUUAAUAAAAUAUGUUAAAUUCA